CCGUGAAUCUGCAAAAUCACAAAAAUCCAAAAAACCAAAUCUCUCUCUUUCUCCUCUCUCGGUUAGUCAUACACAUAAACCAAAACAAAAAAGAAAUAAAAAAACUCUAAAAGGCUGGUCCUUCUCAAGUGUAAAGACUGAAGAGCCACAAUCAAAUGGAUUCCCAUUCCCAUCUACCCCAACCUCCAUCGUCGCCAUCAUCACCGUCGGCACAUCCACAGCCCUAAAUCCCACCUCCCACAAUUCAUCUGAAAAUACCCAACACUAAUCACAAUUUCCAACAACCAUGAAGGUCAUUUUGGUCAUAGUCUCACUCUUGCUCUUCAACUCCCUCCUCCUCUGCUACUCCAUUGAAGACAACGUCGCAUGCCUCGAGGGCGUCAAGUCAUCGUUCACCGAUCUAGAAGGGCGGCUGAGCCAAUGGGACCUUGCCAACAGGUUGGUGACCUCCAUCUGCAAGCUGGUUGGCGUUACCUGUUGGAAUGAGAAGGAGAAUCGCCUCAUCAGCCUCCAGCUCCCGUCAAUGUAGCUCGUCGGCAAGCUCCUGAAGUCUCUCAAGUUCUACCACAGCCUCCAGAGCUUGGAUCUCUUUGGUAACUCUCUCUCCGGUUCGAUUCCUCCCCAAAUCUGCAACUGGCUUCCAUACCUCGUAACCCUAGAUGUUUCUGGCAACUCUCUCUUCGGUUCGAUCCCGCCGGAGAUCGCCAAUUGUAAGUUCCUCAACACUCUAAUUUUGAACGACAAUCGCCUCUCCGGUACCAUGCUCAAUCUUAGUCGCCAGAUGGCAGCCCUCGAGGGCACAAAGGCCGCCUACUGCACGUCCUCAGGGAUGUCAACCAUAUCCUCCAUCCUGCUCCAGCUCGUCAACAGCGGGGAACACAUCGUAGCCUCAAGAACCGUCUACGGAGGGACCCAUGCCCUCAUGUCUCACUUCUUCCCCAGGGCAUGCAACAUAACGACGACAUUUGUGGACAUCAACGACAUGGACAUGGUGAAGAAUGCUAUUGAGGCUGGGAAGACCAAGGUACUCUAUUUCGAAGGCAUGUCGAACCUAACUCUCAUCGUCGCCAACAUACCGAAGCUCAGCCGUAUCGGCUACGAGAAGGGGGUCAAGAUUGUGGUGGACAACAUAUUUUCUCUCAUGGUUCUAUCUCCGGUGAAACUUGGUGCUGACGUUGUUGUUCACAGCAUUUCCAAGUUUAUUAGCGGUGGUGUUGAUAUUAUUGCAGGUGUUGUGUGCGGACCUGCAAACCUGGUGAACUCAAUGAUGGAUCUACACAAAGGCUCCUUGAUGCUCCUGGGUCCCACAAUGAAUGUCAAUGUGGCAUUUGAGCUCUUUGAGAGGAUUCCCCACCUAGGGUUGAGAAUGAAGGAGCACUACCACAGGGCAAUGGUUUAUGCCUAAAGGAUGAAGAAGAUGUGCGAAAACAAAUUUGAAACUUUGUAUUUUGAUAUGAAUACGGGAGCUAAGAUCCUAUCUGUUGGUCUUGGAACAUGGAAAGCUGAACCAGGCGUGGUCGGUCAAGCUGUCAUCGCAGCAGUCAAGAAUGGCUACAGGCAUAUUGACUAUGCAUCAGUACAGUGUGGCGUCACAACAAUGAUGUUUGGAUCUGCAAUGGUCCUCUUCCCAACUUGAUUGGGUUACAACGAAGAAGAUAAGUUUUUUUAUUAUUAAUCAUAUUAUUAUUGUCUGCCAUCUGCCAAAAGAAAAAAGAGAAAGAACAGGAGUGGGAGAAACAAAAGCAGAAAAGAAAAAGAAAAAGAAAGGCUGCAGAUGAGUAUGUCUGCAGGUGAAAAGAAAAAGCAUGCAUUUAUCCCCCAGAUUCCACCACAAAAGCACAUGGGUAAAGGAUGGGUACCUCAGAUUCAAAGCCACUAAUGCAAUUUGACUCCACCACUAGUCCUACGCACCUCAGAUCCCAUCUCUGCGAAUAACACUGGAAAAGCAAAAGUAGAAAGUAAAAGAGGGAAUUAUAGGCGUGACCCAUUGAGCAGAGGGUCGGAUUUAUUUUUGAAUGAUAUAAAUUUUUUUUCGUAUCUUUCGGAGAUAUCUGUAUAACCC